AUGUUAGAUUUACUAUCUAUAAAUAGUAUCGUCUUAGGAAUAGCGAGCGGUGUUACCGUACCGCCGUUAACACCGUCUAAGACAACGAAGAAAAGUGUCUCGGGGUCUACCGGAACGAAGCGCUCGAGGCCUACUCCGGACCGAGAGGAGGGGGGCGGUACCUUCGAUCCUCGCGAUAUCGGUAACCUAUUCCUAACCGAGCUUAGUAAGAGGGAUGAUCUAGAGGGUGAUCUUCUCCAUCAAGCGUCGAAGAACGCGGACUUAUUUAGUAUACGGUUAGUAACUAAGGACGCGAAGGAGGGCGGCCUCGAGUAUAGGACUCUAAAAGUCGACGUUAUUAACGUAGCGAUCGCGGAUACGCCUAACGAUCUUCCCUCUCUUAGACGUAGUCUUCCUACUAUCUACGGCGCCUAG